UCGCGUCCCAAAUAAAUUACACAAUUUUAUCUGUGUCUAUAAUCGUGUUAGUGUUUAUUUAAAUUAUAUUUUAAAACUAGUGUUGUGUCUUACGUGACUGUUUUUUUUUUCUGUUUUAUUUUUUUUUAUUUGUGUGGCUUCACAAAGUUGCUGGACAGAUACUAAACUGAAUACCAAACCAAUGACUUGAGAACACCGAAUUCCACCAUGACGUGUCCGUUUCGCCGAGCGUCCUCUCAACAUCAGUUCGCAAAUGGCAGUGGAUCCAGUGCAAAGAAACCAGAAUUCAGAUCCCGACAGUCCUCGGUACACCUUCCAGGACCUGAAGAGGAAGAUGGAGAGAGAAACACCCUCACACUCAAAAACUUGAGUGAAGCUCUCCAACUCCUCACAGCACCUUCGAAUGAAUGUCUACAUGCAGCAGUGACAGCUCUAACGAAAAAUCAAGCGGAACACUAUGACAAAUAUCAUUGUUUACGAAGACUUCCCGACGACGUUAAAACGUGUAGGAAUUACGCGUACUUGCAGGAAAUUUACGACGCGGUACGGGCUACGGACAGUGUUAGCACUAAGGAUUUUAUGGCAAAAUUAGGAGAAUAUUUAAUUUUAACAGCAUUUUCACAUAACUGUCGACUGGAGAGAGCGUUUAAAUGUUUAGGCACCAAUUUGACUGAAUUUCUCACUACUUUAGACAGCGUGCACGAUGUUUUACAUGAUCAGGAUGAUGCCCUAAAAGACGAAACAGUGGAGUAUGAAGCAAAUUUCGUUUGUACCACGUCACAGGAGGGAAAGAUUGAGCUUCAUUUAACGACAGAGAGCGAACCUGUCGCCUACCUUCUUGUUGGCAGCUUAAAAUCAAUAGCAAGGCUGUUAUAUGACACACAAACGGACAUAAGACUGACGAGUUAUACUAACGAUCCUAGAAGAUUUAAGUACGAAAUAAACGCAGUACCAUUACAUCAAAAGUCAAAAGACAGCGAUUGUGAGCAAUCAGAAGCAUCAAGUAUCGCUACUUCGACAAAAGUGACGGACUUGAAGAUCGGAGUGGCUAGCUUCUGCAAGGCAUUUCCUUGGCAUUUCGUCACUGACAAACGGCUGGAACUCGUGCAGUUAGGUGCUGGUUUCAUGCGACUCUUCGGCACCUACUUAGCGUCCCACGGCUCCUCGCUUGGCACCUACUUCAGAUUGCUUCGACCAAGAGGUGUUCCCCUCGACUUUCGUGAGAUCCUCAAGAGAGUUAAUACUCCUUUUAUGUUCUGCUUGAAGGUACCUGGAUCUUCUUCACCAGCUGAGGGUCUGGAGAUCAAGGGUCAGAUGGUAUUCUGCUCUGAGUCAGACUCUCUCCUGUUCGUUGGGUCACCAUUCCUGGAUGGACUUGAAGGUCUCACUGGCAGGGGUCUCUUCAUAUCAGAUAUACCACUGCAUGAUGCCACGAGAGAUGUCAUUCUGGUUGGCGAACAGGCUCGAGCUCAGGACGGCCUCCGCAGACGCAUGGAUAAGCUGAAGAACUCAAUAGAAGAAGCCAGCAAAGCGGUUGACAAGGAGAGACAAAAGAAUGUUAGCCUUCUGCAUUUAAUAUUUCCACCCCAUAUAGCCAAGAGACUGUGGUUAGGUGAGAAGAUCGAAGCAAAAAGCCACGAUGACGUCACAAUGCUGUUCAGUGAUAUAGUUGGUUUUACAUCAAUAUGUGCUACUGCUACUCCUAUGAUGGUGAUCGCUAUGCUUGAAGACCUAUACAGCGUGUUUGAUAUAUUCUGCGAGGAACUUGAUGUUUAUAAGGUGGAAACAAUAGGCGAUGCAUACUGCGUGGCAAGUGGAUUACAUCGUAAGAUAGAUACUCAUGCGCCACAGAUUGCUUGGAUGGCAUUGCGCAUGGUUGAGACGUGUGCCCAGCAUUUGACGCACGAAGGAAACCCCAUAAAGAUGCGCAUAGGCCUUCACACUGGUACAGUACUAGCUGGAGUGGUCGGGAAGACUAUGUUGAAGUACUGUCUAUUCGGACACAAUGUCACGCUUGCCAACAAGUUCGAGUCCGGCUCUGAACCCUUGAAGAUCAACGUCAGUCCGACUACUUAUGAGUGGCUAAUAAAAUUCCCGGGCUUUGAGAUGGAGCCUCGGGAUCGUUCGUGUCUACCAAAUUCGUUCCCAAAGGACAUCCCGGGAACGUGUUAUUUUCUUCACAAGUAUUUACACCCGGGCACCGACCCUGCUGCCUCCCAGGUCAAGCAUAUACAGGAUGCCUUGAAAGAUUUCAACAUUGGUCAAACCAAACCAGAUGACAUAGAAAACGACGAAUCCAGUGGAGCAACUGAAUCUCAAAACUAAAAUUCCAAAAUCAAAACAGAAUUAAUUGUAAAUAUUUUUCUCAUAAAUCACUUUGUUCAACAAUUUGUUUCAUGUAAAAAUUACACUUAAAUGUUUUAAUACUCUUAGUGUUUUAAGCGUUUUUCCUUUGACGUCGUUACGUAAGAAUUUUGUGGCUAUGUUGUUGAAACUGAUUGCUUUCUUAUAGAUGUAAUUUAGUACUAAAUAAUAAUUACUAUGAUGAUAUUGCGUACAUAUUUAUUUAAUGAUGUAUAGCGCAUUUUAUUCACUAAUAGUGACAUUAUUGGAAUGUUUGUAUGUAUUAAAAUAAUUUUGGAAUCUGUACCUGUUAAUAUUGUUAGGUAUUUAGAUGUGUAUUUCUUAUAAAUACAUUUAUUUUCUCUUUAUGCUUUUGGAAAACAAAAUAUCUUUCGCAGAUGAAACUAUCUUUUUCUAGAUUCGUUUUAAAGCUUGAAUCGGUAUUACCUAGAUCCAAAAAUUUAAAUAAUAUUUCGGUCAGUUCGGUUCUCUUUUUAUUUUUUGCUUUAUAUGUAUAAAAAGUGAUUUUGUUAUCCAAAGUAGAGAUUUUUUAAUAUAAAUCCCAAGACGGUUUAGACCCAACUCAUAUAAUCCGUAGUUCACAUAACUAUUUCAUAUUUGUACCAACACAUUUUCAUAUAGAAGUAAUUUAUAGUGAUCUGUGUGAAGCUUUACUAUAUAAUCUUAAGAAAUAUGUACAUACAUUUGAACCUGGGAUAAUUACGACUUACAUAGAUAGUAAUGCGAUGCUGUAGAUAAAAAUAAUUGUAUAAUAAAUACGUGUUUUGCUUCUAGAUAUAACUCGUUCAAAUUACAUAAUAAUAGAAAAAAAAAACAUUAUAAGUACAUAAAAUAUAAAGAUUGAAUUCGUAAUAGAAAAUAGUUGCAGCAGAUAUUUGUAGCAUUUUUUCUGAUUAAUGUAGCAUUUUUUUGGCUUGGUAACAUUAAUAGGCUUGUUUAAAAAAUACAACAAUGUUUUAUGAUUUGUAGCGAUGUUAGAUUCUAAAUUCAAUUUAAGACAUCUAUCGUUUCAAAUUUCGAAUAAUGCUAACGGUUUUUCAUGUUCGCCAUUUUGUUUUUAUUUCAAAUUAUGAUUUGUUUUCUUAGUACCUAUCUCGAUGCUAAGAUUUUCGA